AUGAGGGUACGCACACUGAAGUUGGAGGGCCAGACAAGAGAAAAUCCCAACCUGCCGCCCACCAGUUUACUUGCUUUUUGCAUCGAUUCAGUCACCACCUGUUUUUCACACGACGCAGGCAAACUUUGCGUCCCCAUCGGUCUCUGUUCCUUAUCUGCUCUGUGUUUACUGCUCUCAUGUCUUCUGCUCGUGUAUCAGAGGUGCAGGUUUCGGAGAAGACAUCCGGGAGAGACCAUGACAUCUCUCUACUGUUUCUUGGGUAACCUGUGUGCUACCACUGGAGCAGUUAUGUCCAAGCAGCCGCAUGUUCUGAUUUUAAUGGGUCCUUUUGCUGCUGCUAUGGAUGCUGUAAAUUUUAUUUCUGGCUGCUUCCCAGUGUGUCUGUGCUGGAACUCGAAGACAGAGAGGAGGCUGAAGAUCAUAAGAAGGAGGAGGAGACAGCAUCUCCUUGCAGUGUGUGUGCUGAUGGUUGUAGCAGGAGGGUUCCUGAAGUUCAGAGUCAGCCACGACCCAGCAGACAAUCCCCUCAGUGGUAGAAGACUGCUGCACAUCUCCCUGCACGACAACACUGAAAUCCUAGGUUACAUUCUUGGCCUGCUGUCCUUUGUCAUCAUGUGUACCUCCAAGUUUCCUGCCCUCUACAGGGCUCACAGAGGACGGAUGCUGACAAGGGCCAAAGUGUUCUCUGGAGUGCUGUGCUCACUAGCUGGUGUCCUCUAUGCUGCUGCUAUACUCCUCUACGACACUCAGCUUGCGUUUCUUCUGACAGUUAUGCCGUGGCUGCUGUCAGCAAUAUGCUGUGUCACCCUAGACCUUCUGAUUCUAGUCAUCUAUUGGUGCAAGAGGGGAACCAGGCAGCAACCUAUAAUAUUUUCUCCAGACACAGAGAGCCUCUUAGGUGACACCACUGAGGAGAAAGCUGUCAUUUCACUAGCACAAACAAAGACAAAAAACUCCCCAGUGACUGAGAUGGGCCGUUAUAUGGAUGUCAGUAUUCAACCUGCAAGAAAAAUAUGCCUGAACGAGGUGACAGUGUCCAAGGAGGAGGUGAAUGGGCAGCCUCUGAACAGGACAGUACGACUAAUCAGAGUGGACAGUUUCUGCUCUUCAGAUACCUCUUAUGACUCUUCGCUAGUCAGUUCUGAUCUAGAGUGGGAUUUUGAAGAGGGAAAUGUACAGUGGAGCAAACUAAAUGCAGAGCAGCAGGAGGGACAUGAGUUUCCCCUGGAAGAGUGGCCAAGAAUCCCCAAACCCUUUAACAUCUGCACCUGUGCUGUUUCUGGACUCCCACAGAACUCUGUAACCAGAAAAGAAGAGGGUGAGAGUGGCUCCGCUGCAAACCCAAAUGACAAGGAAAUGUCAAUUAAAUGA